AUCGAAUGAGGUAACUUGAAAAAGCAUCGAUCACCAAAUUCGUAUUGUGUCUUGACAUGAUUGCUAGAGGUCAAAUAUUUUGGAGACAAGAGGCUAGACUGUAGUGUCUACAACAACAAUCAUUAGAUAUUGGCAAAAGGAUUAGCUGAAUGAUAAUCGCUUGAGAAUUAUUGGCACAGGUACCCUACCUAUACAGGUUUAAGCGAAACAGGUAUAAGAAUAUAUCUCAACAAAUUCAGUAUUCCUCAGAAUCUUCUGCUGUGAACUUUCCGUACUAGUGUUUGGUGAAAAUGUGUAAAAUUAUUGGUGUGGUGUUGUUAUUGUGUUUCUUUGAAUUGGUAACUGUAUUCAAUUGCAAACCAGUUUUACUUGAGGUAGACCCACUUGAACAGAACGUGACUGCUGGCAACAACACAAGAAACCGCCGCCUGUCCGACAUAAUCUUCCCUGACGACGAGGUGGAAGCUCCUGCUCCCCUGAGGUUGCCCCUGAUCCGCGGCAGGCCAGCCUGCGCUAGUGGCGCCACCUUCUGCGAACACUUCGACCGCUACCCGAGCCAUCAGCUCAAGCACAUCCUGAGCCGACACUCGCUGGGCAAGGAGCUGUUCGGCAUGGACGAGAGCCCUGAUGAGGUGGCCGGCAGGGACGGAUCAGGGGAGUCGUUCGUCUGCGGUUCAGUGGACAACACGAUCUUCCCGAAGAUCGGCGUCAACAAGAAUAACAAGUGGAAGUUUAUUAUUAACCAGGAGGAGGAUGGGUAUGUGCAGGGGGUGAGGAUCGAGCUUUGCAGAAGUUUCGGUAAGCCGUGUGACGUCAUAGGCGAACUACCGGAAGGUUACGUAACUUCCUGCAAGCAGAAGUACAUCUACAGAAGGCUGCUCUCAUUGACUGAUAACGGCACCCCUGUUCAAGACACCUUCAAGUUGCCAUCGGCUUGUUGUUGCACCUACAAGAGGAGUUUCACCUUCAUGACGAACUUCGGCAGGCGCAUGUCCAAAAGGUAGAAAUUCAAUGGGGAUUCGAUGAAAAGAUAACCGAUGAAUUUACUAGAUGAGUCCGAGUUCAACAAAUAAAACUGAAUCAUCAUUUUCGACAAAAUAUGAUAUGCCGAUCCUGAUACUCUCAAAUGGGGCCAAAUUCAUACAGCAUAUAGGAGGAGGGAAAUAUGCUAACACAAAACACAGAUCGUUCGUAUUCUGAAGACUAGCAAUUCUCAGAGAAAGAAAUGAGUACUGAUGGAAGGAUUGCACACAUGGAAUAACUAGAUGACAAGAUAUGAUGAUACUGGACAAGAGGAAACUGGGCCUAUCCAAGAAAAAUAUCUCCACUCCUGCUUUGACAACAUACCACAGCUGGAAAAAAGAUACAUUUCAAAAUGUAGAACUGUUGAGGUUUUCAAUGUAUACAUAUUCAUUCUUCGUCCUAUACCUACAAGAAUAAUUAUGUCCUUCCUGAUUAGAUAUCACUCUAAUCAUAUAGUCACAUCAAUCAUUUUUAUUGAACAGUUGUGAACGUUCGUUUGUAUUUUUCGUUUGAGGGCGUCAAAUGAAGGGAGAUAUGAUUUUAUGAUGUCACAAGAUACUUUUUUGGGGAAUAGAAAACGAUAUUCUGCUAGAUAACAAUAGUAGUAGGAAUUCUUGAAUAUCUCACAGCUAGGAGCGUCAUAUUAAAAACAAAAGUUAGAUGAGCUUGCAAUAUCAGGUACUUAUGUUAGAUUCAAUAUUGAAACGUAGGACUUGUUAACAGUAAACGGCAAGCUAUUCAUAUGAACAUUCUGAGCAUGAUAUAGAAAUAUAUGAGAACAUUUUUUUUAUAUUAUUUUUCUCCUGUUAAUUAUUUAGCAUUACAUACAUGUUUCGUUUUCGUUUCGUUUUAUACAUUUGUUGAUUAAACAUAUACCAGUGCA